AUGAUCGUGUUGUACAUGAUUGUGUCAGGCUUAAUUCCCAAUCUCUCCAUAUUCCGGAGCAAUUUAACGGCUGAUCUUGUUUUUCCUGACUUGCAUAGUCCAUUGAUCAAGCCUGCACCACGUCAUCAAGCUGAAAGUUCUGCUUUGCUGCAACUUAAGAAAAGAUUUGCCAUCACUAAGUUUGCUUCUCAAAGUUCUCUCAGUUAUACUAAAACAAAUUCUUGGAAUUCAAGCUCAGACUGCUGCUCAUGGCUUGGCGUGAAAUGUGAUGAGCAAACAGGUCAUGUGAUUGGCCUUGACAUUAGCAGCUGUCAGAUUUAUGGUUCUAUUGAGUCUAAUAGUACUCUCUUUCACCUUUCCCAACUUGAAAAGCUUAACCUUUCUGAUAAUCACUUUAAUUACUCUCAUAUCCCAUCAAGCUUUGCCCAUCUUUCAAGGCUUACCCAUUUGGACCUUUCUGGGUCCAAAUUUUCUGGAGAAAUCCCAGAAGAGAUUUCACAACUAUCCAACUUGUUGGUUCUUGAUUUGUGCUGUAACUAUGAUGCCUCAUCUCCUCCAACAAAUCUGCUGCAUUUCAAGCAGCAAAACCUGGGAAACGUAGUUCAAAACUUAACUAAUUUGCAAGUACUUUCUCUUGGCUAUGUUAAUAUAUCGUCUCCAAUACCUAGUGCACUCACCAAUCUGUCUUCUUUGGAAUACCUUUGUCUGCUCAGUACUGGAUUACAUGGUGAAUUUCCCAUAGGAAUAUUUCAUCUUCCAAAUUUGGAGUAUCUCAAUGUGGGAGCGAAGCAGGGUCUCUCUGGGUAUUUGCCUGAGCUUCACUCUAGCAUACCCUUGCAGUUUUUAGGACUCCAGAGUGCUGGCUUCUGA